AAAGUCAGCAAUUCGGAUGUCAUCUUCUUCUAACAAAGCUGCCCAGUUUUGAUUUUUCAUCUAAAAACCACAUACAUUUGAGCAGAAAUCAGUUAGGCUUAACACUAAAAGCAAUGGCUUUUGAGAAGAUCAAGGUCGUCAAUCCCAUCGUUGAGAUGGAUGGAGAUGAAAUGACCAGAGUUAUUUGGAAAUCUAUCAAGGAUAAGCUCAUUUUUCCCUUUCUGGAGUUGGACAUUAAGUACUUUGACCUUGGCCUUCCAUAUCGUGAUGCUACUGAUGACAAAGUUACAGUUGAAAGUGCAGAAGCUACUCUUAAGUACAAUGUAGCCAUCAAGUGUGCUACUAUUACUCCAGAUGAAGCUCGUGUUAAGGAGUUUAACUUAAAGCAAAUGUGGAAGAGUCCCAAUGGGACGAUUAGGAACAUUUUGAACGGUACUGUCUUUAGAGAACCAAUUAUUUGCAAAAAUGUCCCGCGAUUGGUCCCAGGUUGGACGAAGCCUAUAUGCAUUGGAAGGCAUGCUUUUGGUGAUCAAUAUCGAGCAACUGAUGCUGUCAUUAAAGGACCUGGGAAACUAAAACUUGUUUUUGUGCCAGAGGGACAAGAUGAGAAGACAGAGUGGGAAGUUUUCAACUUCACUGGUGAUGGAGGAGUUUCAUUGGCCAUGUAUAACACAGAUGAGUCCAUACGUGCUUUUGCUGAGGCUUCUAUGAACACUGCUUAUCAGAAAAAGUGGCCCCUUUAUCUUAGUACCAAAAAUACUAUUCUUAAGAAGUAUGAUGGAAGAUUUAAGGACAUAUUUCAAGAGGUUUAUGAGGCUAAGUGGAAAUCAAAAUAUGAGGCUGCUGGGAUAUGGUAUGAACACCGUCUCAUUGAUGAUAUGGUGGCAUAUGCUGUCAAGAGUGAAGGAGGUUAUGUGUGGGCAUGCAAGAACUAUGAUGGUGAUGUCCAAAGUGAUUUCUUAGCCCAAGGGUUUGGAUCUCUUGGAUUGAUGACAUCUGUGCUGGUGUGCCCAGAUGGGAAGACAAUAGAAGCAGAGGCUGCUCAUGGUACGGUUACGCGACAUUACAGAGUUCACCAAAAGGGUGGUGAAACCAGCACAAACAGCAUAGCAUCCAUCUUUGCUUGGACACGUGGGCUUGCACACAGGGCAAAAUUGGAUGACAAUAUCAGACUCUUGGAGUUCACUGAGAAACUUGAGGCAGCUUGUAUUGGAGCUGUGGAAUCUGGGAAGAUGACCAAAGAUCUUGCACUGAUCAUUCACGGGUCUAAGCUUGCUAGGGACCAACACCUGAACACUGAGGAGUUCAUUGAUGCUGUGGCAGAAGAGCUCAGAGCAAGACUUUCUGUUAAAGCAUGAUUUUAAACAUGGUUCAGAUAUGCAAGGGUUGAGAGCUCUUGUUGAUGCUUUGGGGCUUUUGCAGGGAAAUAAUAAAAGCGUGAAUGUGAGGUGAGAAGGCUGGGGAUGGCAUUUGAUGGACAUUAUUUGUAAGGCUCUGAUUAUGCGCUAUUUACUGUAUGUGGAUUUUGUUCAAUCUCCCUGGUUGUAUCCUUCACUCUGGCUGUGACCAAAUGAUGAAAGAAUUGAGAUAAUGAUCUCACAUCAUUGAAACUUAUCUAUUUUCUAUCCUUUUGGUAGCAAUUAUUGAA